AUGGAAAAAGUCAGUGUUUCUAAGUUGCUAAAUGUGGCCAGCACUUCAGGAUUUCAACAAGAUGAUGUUGAUGCUCGAUUGUAUAAGGCAAGAAUUUUGAUUGGCAUAGAGAGGGGAACUCAAGGAUUAAAAUAUUGUUUGGAUAUGCUCACAGCAAACCUGCUGCUAAGCAGGUAUGAGAAGGUGCCAGUAAUUCUGGUUGGUAAUAAAGUGGACCUGGAAAGUGAGAGAGAAGUAUCAUCAAGUGAAGGCAGAGCCUUAGCUGAAGAAUGGGGCUGCCCCUUUAUGGAGACCUCUGCUAAAAGUAAAACAAUGGUGGAUGAGCUGUUUGCGGAAAUUGUUAGACAAAUGAACUAUGCGGCACAGCCAGACAAAGAUGAUCCAUGCUGUUCUGCGUGUAAUAUACAAUAGCAUUAAACAUGACCUAACCUGGACUUAAUUUGCAGGAAUUUUGUAAGGUGGUAAAACUGUCUACUUCACUUCCUGGUUUGUGGGUCACUUGAAAUACAUCUGUAGUGAAGUAGCAACAUUAACUCGGAGCUGAGCAUUGAAAGUCAAUCACUGACUCUGAAUAUAGUUGGGUUAAAUGACCACAUCUCGCCCGUUUUUCCCUUUGAGCACCUGCAAUUUUGUGGCGUAGUCAGUUGAU